GAGAGAGAGAGUUGCAUCUAUCGCUGCAUAACGCCAAGAGGCUGCCGCUAGCGGGCUCGCAUGCUUAUGUUUGUAGGCACGCAUGGUAGGUGUAAGGCAGGCAUCUAUCCCAUCCAAUAAUGAAUAAUAAUCUCUCUAUUAAUCUAGUGGUAUCUCUCUUCCGAUCCGUGUAGCGCCAGUACUGCAACCCACACUUGCACCUGCACAUCACAACAUGAUCUGUCUUGUGAAGUGCGCAUGCAAUACAAUUUUUAAUCUGCUGGCUGGCCUGAUAUACCUUCAUUCGAUCGAUGGGAAGUAACUAGUCUAGUGCGCACUCCUACGUGUUGUUAUUAUCUCUACUAUAUUCUUCUCGGAGAGAGCGACCAAACUUCAGCAUAUAUGCAUAGCAUUUGCAGUUUGCAUAUAUGCCACCGUACCACUGCUAUAUCAUAUCGAUCCUAGUUGUAGAGCGAGCGAGAUGGCAUUAAUGGUGCCUGAUGCAGCGACGCCGUCGUCCAAGAACCCCACCGGGCUCAGAUGCAGCAGCAGCACUGCUUCUGCAUCGGAUGGUUGCCGCUGGGGCCGGGCUCCCAAUGAGCAGUUUUCCCCUCGCCGAACUGGAAGAACACUAGUGCUGCUGCUAGCACUAGUUGCCUCGGUGGUGCUGGAGGGGCAGCGCGGCGAGGCGCUGAGCCUGGACUACUACGACGAGACGUGCCCCGAGGCGGAGGCGGCGGUGACGGCGGCCGUGAGGCAGGCCAUGGCCAACGACCGCACCGUGCCGGCCGGGCUCCUCCGCAUGCAUUUCCACGACUGCUUCGUCAGGGGCUGCGACGGGUCCGUUCUUUUGGACUCGACGGGCAGCGUGACGGCGGAGAAGGACGGCCCGCCCAACGUGUCGCUGCAUGCCUUCUACGUCAUCGACAACGCCAAGCAGGCCGUCGAGGCCCUCUGCCCCGGCGUCGUCUCCUGCGCCGACAUCCUUGCGCUCGCCGCAAGGGACGCCGUCGCGCUGUCCGGUGGUCCGUCGUGGGUGGUGCCCGUGGGUCGCCGGGACGGGCGUGUGUCUCUGGCCAACGAGACGACGACGCUGCCGGGGCCGACGGCUAGCUUCGAGCAGCUGAAGCAGGCGUUCCACGGCCGCGGGCUGUCCACCAAAGACCUGGUGGUGCUAUCGGGCGGCCACACGCUGGGCUUCGCCCACUGCUCCUCCUUCCAGAACCGCAUCCAUGGCCAGGGCCAGGAUCAGGUGGACCCGGCCCUGAACCCCUCCUUCGCCGCGUCACUCCGCAGGGCGUGUCUCGCCAACAACACCGUCCGCGCCGCCGGCUCCGCUCUGGACGCUACGUCGACGGCUUUCGACAACACCUACUACCGGAUGCUGCAGGCCGGGCGGGGCCUGCUAUCCUCUGAUGAGGCGCUGCUGACGCACCCCAAGACGCGCGCCUUCGUGGCGCUCUACGCCGCCUCGCAGGAGACCUUCUUCAGGGCCUUCGCCAAGUCCAUGCUCAGGAUGGGCGCGCUCAACGGAGGCGACGAGGUCCGAGCAAAGUGCAGCCGCGUCAACAACUCAUGAUCAUCACCCUGUCUGUUGAUCUACCUAGCUGUAGCUGAUGGGAAGAAUUACCUACUCUCCCUGAAAGCGGAAAUAUAAAGUUUCACGCCAAUAAAAUUUCAUUGACGUGUUGUCCGUAUACAUGUAGGCCGGCAGCCAUGGAUGUUAUCUCUAACUAAGGCAACAAAUUAGGAGAUUGUAAUAAUCUAACUAAACUGACUAUCUCGGUUAAGUAUGGAAACAACCCAAUCAGGAGGAUUGGGAUGUCUGUCGUGCGUGUCACGGCAUGUA